AUGGCUGAUCCAGAGAAACAUAAUGAUUAUAAUAGAGCUGAUCGCUCUGCUCGCUCGAGAAAGGUCUACCGUAUAAAAAAUCCAUUUCAACGUCCUGAAGAGGAUGAAGAGAGACAACAAGAUAAUACCCCCGAAACCCAAGACAGCGGCACCGGUGCUAGUAACCAGUACGCGUCGAUGCAGUACUCCUUACCACCUGAAGAGUUUCUUCAGCAAAUGAGGGAACGCGAAAAUCAAUUAUAUCAACAACAACAACUAUCCACCCAAACUUCUAACCUGGGAUACACAGCUACACCACAACCACAGUACCAAUUUUCAACUGUUUCACCCGUUACAUAUGAUAAUAGCCAGCAACCAAGUCAAGUGCCACAGCUUGAGGCGAAAAUGUCUCAAAUUCCCCUGUAUCUCACGAAUUCGAAUUACCAAUAUAGUGGUUCUAAUCCGUUUGGUUUUGAUAACAUACAUAGUACACCAUCACCAAUUUCAUCGCUUGUGUCUACUUCAUUACCAAAUACACAAUUUGUAGGCACACCUUCAAAUAGUUACGUUUCAAGCUCAUCGCCAAUUUAUCUAUCUAGUCCUCCGAAUUUCCAGCAGUAUGUAUCAUCACCAAUAUCUACUGUAAGUUCUGGCACAUCUGAUUAUAGUAAUAAUGGAGUUACAAGUACAUUAGGCAGUAAUUCAUAUAAUUAUGAAAACAAUAACGAAAUCAACAAAAAAAUGCAAAUAGAUCAUUAUGAUAACUCUGCAAAUGGAAUGAGAUUCCCUAUGAAUAUUCACCAAUACCAAAAUGAAUAUUCGAGUUCGACUCCGGUGCCCUCUUCUUCUCCUUAUUCUGAACUUGGUCAUGAUAACUGGCCUAAUUCAGUUGGAGCAAAUUCUAUGCAAAAAUCAUUACAAGAUUAUACAGCUAAUCAAUAUCAAAAUAUUGCUUAUAAUAAUCAUGACGUAAGAUCAGAAUCUAACUCUGAAAAUACAGGUAGUGAUACUCACCGUAUAGGAAAUAUAUCGCCUAAUGCAAACAAUAUUUUAUUCAAUCUAUUUCAACCUGAUUAUCAAGGUCUGAGCAAUGUUAAACCUCGAACUAGAGACGUCGAUCAUGAAACAGCUCAGCCUAAUAACAAUUAUUAUUCUCAUGGUGAUUAUGGGUGGAAAAUGCCUGCAAAGAAGACUGGCUUAAGCAAUCAAGAUGAUUUUCCUUCGAAUAACUAUCAAAGGUAUCAAACUUCCCAAUCGCAAGGAUAUUCUAAUACAGAGGGGGCAAUAAGUCAAAUGACGUUUCAUAUGGAUCUUGGAAGACAUGGCUAUGAACCAAUAUCAAAAUCAAGUCCUGAAACAUUAGACCCUCAAGAAUUUGCAAAAGCAGCUGCAAAAGCUCACGAAAAGCAACAGCAACAACAGCAACAACAACAACAGCAACAACAGCAACAACAUCAACAGCAGCAACAAUUACAAAUUCAACAGCAACAACUAUACGGGAACAAUUAUCCCUCAAACAUGAACAUGAAUAACAAUUAUUUAGGAACUCUAGCACCAGGAAUUUAUAGUGACAGACAGCGAAAUAAAUACAUUGAGAGCACUAAUUCUUACCCCUACAAUAAUAUGCAAAAUGAUCUUAUUACAGCAUCCCCAUACUAUUACGCUAAUUCUAAAGAAAAUAUAGAUGGCAAACCUAAACAGCCAUUUGAUCAUGAUAAAGCAUUAAAAAAUAUUGUACCAAUCGAUGUUUCAAAUGUUGUUUCAAAUUCAGAUUCUCAACAGAAAACUAUUAUGGGAUUAGACAGUAAUAAGAUUAAUUUGCAAAAUAUUGGGAAGGAUUCAACUGAUCAAAAUAUCAAACAAUAUUAUCGAACUGUCACUGACUCUUAUUACAAAGAUAAAAAUGCUAUUUACGGUUUUAAUAUAAAAUCAAAACCCGAUGAGUUUCCACCCAAUGAUAAUAUAAAGCAAGGAGACAAUACAUCACCUUACUUUACAAAGUUACAAACACAAGAUUCAAUUUACAAUCAAGCUCAAAGUGACAAUAAACGGUAUUUAGAUGGGCCUGCUCAAUCUAGUAAUUAUGUCUCACAGUUUAAUAACUAUCCUGAUAAUUCUCAAUCUUCAGCAAACAUUCACAGUUUACAGCGGCCUGCCAAUCAUCUAUCCGAUGUUACAAAUAUUUUAAAAUUGAAUGACAUUCCUCACCGCUUAUCUGGUGAUCCAAUGAGGUUGAACAAUUUUGACCAAUCAUCUCUACCUACUCCACUUCCGAUGAGACUUAACCAAAAUGUUGGUAGCCACCAGUUAGACGUUGCAAAUAGUCUUUUAAAUAAAUUGUUAUUAAGUAAACAAACUAACUUUAACAUAAAUAGACCCGAAAUAGACUCUCAGGCUAGUGGUCUAUUAUCUACAAUUAAUGGUUUUAAAGUGGCAAAUCCUUUCAACGUCGAUUUAAAAUUAGUUGCGGAAAUGUUGAAAGGAAAACAAGCAAUUGACGAUACACAAUUAUUAGGACUACGUGAUCAAUUAAACAGGCCAUCACCGCUCAAAUUCGAUAUCUCACAAUUACAACAAUUGCUUUUGAAAACGGAUAACCCUGGUUAUGGUAGUUUGGGAGACAGUAUUACUGGCUUAGGAAGUCCAUAUUUAGAGAUUUAUAGUUCAGGUCGUUAUCCAUAUCAAGGAGUCAAAUAUUCGAGAAGUCAAGAAGAAGAAGAAAGCAUAGUGCCUAUAGCAGAUGCUUCUAAUACUCAUCCAAUAGGUGCAGUAAUAGAAGAGGGAGAUUUAGCUAACGUCCGUGAAGCAACUACAGGUACUGAAUUAACAGCACAAGACGAUGAUAAUAUUUCAAAUACAUUUGCCGAAGAUAGACCUAAAAUGUCAUAUAGACCAAGAUUUUCGGAUAAGUUAAGACAUCCGAAUGGUUUAAUGCCGGGGCGGCAUUCAUUUCCGAGAAAACACCCUAAAUCUGAGAUUGAUGAGCCUUACCCUUUAUUGAAACCUCCUCCUCCACAAUCGUCUAAGAGUCGAACUGGACGUAGUAAGUUUGAGAAGCACGGACGUCGACGGCGUAUGCCCAGACCUAAAAUGGUCAGACUUAUAAAGACAGAACCACUGUUUGAAGCAGGUAGCGAUGUAGAAGAUGAGGAGCCUUCAUUGCAAACUGUUUUGAGACCCCCAUCUCUGAUUGCGGAGGCAAAAGCUGAUGUGGAUGUUGAAAAGUUAGAAACUUCUUUAGAAUCAUAA